AUGGACGAGUUAAUAGUAAGUAUGGAAGGAAGCAUGAAUCUUUCAGAGGGUGAACAGACUGGUAUAUUAAUUUCACAGGAAGAUAUAGCGGAGUUAAGUCUCAAAAGUGACGGUUGUCUUAUUGGGCGUCUCAUGUUUGACAGGAGGAUCCGGAAGGAAGCCUUUUGUACCCUGAUGGCCCGUCUCUGGAAGAUGGAAGGUGAAGUAAUCUUUAAGGAACUUUACGACAAUACCUGGCUAUUAGAGUUCUCUACUAUUACAGACAAGAAAAGAGUUCAAGAAGGGAGUCCUUGGCUGUUUGACAGAAGUGUUCUGGUGCUGAAGGAACUGGAAGAAAAUAUCUCUCCUCUUCAGAUGGACUUUUCGAUAUCUCCCUUUUGGAUUCAGAUUCACGAUCUGCCUUUUGGAUGCAUGACCCGAGAAGUGGGGCUUAAAAUAGGAGCUUCUAUAGGAAGGGUUGAGGACGUGAGAGUUCCAGGGGAUGGAGAGAGUUGGAGUCGUGGCCUGAGGGUGCGGGUUCAAGUGGAUAUAACCAAACCUCUGGAACGUGGUCGAGUGCUGAAACUAAAUGGUAAGCAAGCUUGGGUGGCUUUCAGAUAUGAAAAGUUACCUCACUUUUGCUUUCAUUGUGGAAGAAUCCUUCAUAAUAAGAUGCCAUGUAGUGGAAGCCAGGGGGUCAGGGGGUGGAGGGGCGGAGGGAAGUCAGAGGUGAAGCUGUCUCAACUUGAAAGGGAAGCACCUGGCGGGGGAAAGGUGGUGGAGGGCCGGAACAGUGAUAUUAGAGAGGAUGAGCUAUCUCCGGAAAAGCAGGGAAGUGUCAGGACAGAAAGCACAUCUAUUUUAGGGAGCGUUGAUGUCAACCGGAUUUUCAGGAGUAAUUUUAAUGAGGAGGUGGGUAAGGACAAGUCAAAGGAUGGUGGUCAAUUUCCAGAAACAGUGGGAUUACAAGGAGAUAUCAGUCAAGGUGAGAAAGGUGAGGAACCUGGGAUGGUGCAGGAGGAAAGAAGUAGGCAGGACGUUUCAGAGAUCAAAUUUCAGGAAGGAAAAGUCCAGUCACAUGGGUCUACCCCUAAGGAAAACAGUACAGGCCUUUUGACCAGUCCAUCAGAGGAAUUCAGCAUAGGCCUUUUGACCAGUCCAUCGGAGGAAAUGGAAAAUGUACUGGAGACCAACAAGGACAGUGAAGCUCCACGUAAGUGGACACGUAGGGAGAGAAAUUUGAAUCCUAGUCAGCAUAAAAUCCAGAUGGGAAAGAGAAGGCAUGAUGAGGUGGCAGAGGAGGAAGGGGUGAGCUCUAAUCUGCAUGUGAAAAAGGGAAGGAAGGAGGCAGAGGUUCCGACUGAUGAAUUCAAGGCGGUGGCUGGUUCCCAGCCCCGCCAAUCACAAUGA